UUUUUUUUUUACUUCGGUUUGUUAUUCAGUUUCCUCGCAACGACUAUACCCUCCGCUCCAUUCUUUCCAUUCUCUUUUCUAUUCUUCACUGUUUGCAUUACUCCCAUCAUCCUUUACAAAACCAUCUAAUCAUACCAUGUUAUUCCAUAGGUAAAGGAAAAAAAAUCAUACGCACUUGUAGCAAAUUCAUAAAGCAACGAACAGUGAACAAUGAACAAUGCCGCAGUCAGCAGAGAAAAAAAAGUUGUAUUGGAGAAGAGACGCGAAGGCCGCAAAAGACUCAGCCGACUCCUCCUUGAAGACGAUCUUGGGCUGUUGGUCGGUAUAGAUAAUCAUCUUCGGGUACCGACGCAACAGCCGCUGUUCGAUCUUGGCCUCAAAUGCAGACCCUUCCUUCGUCAGCACCCUCAGAUGAAAUACAGGUCCUGUCUUGAGGUCAUUCUGGUGAUGACCAUGUUUGCGACCACCCUCCUUCGCCGGCAUUGUCUUGCUCUUUCCUUUCUUGUCUUUGUCCUUGACUUUGUUCUUGUCUUUGUUCUUGACUUUGUUCUUGUCUUUGUUCUUGUCUUUGUUCUUGUCUUUGUUCUUGUCUUUGUUCUUGUCUUUGUUCUUGUCUUUGUUCUUGUCCUUGUCCUUGCUGGUACCUUCCUCCUUGCCUACACAUUUCUUUGUAAUUCUUCUCACGACAUCAGUAUCGUCUUCACUCUCAGUCUCAGUGGCGGUGUCCUCGUCACUGGUCAGACGUUCGAUACUGCCAUCGCUGUCCUCGUCAUCCUCAUCCUCGUCCUCAUCCUCAUCCUCAUCCUCAUCCUCACUCUUCGAUCGGAAUGCGGCCGUAUGGAGCUCGGCAAGUUCGUCCUUGAGAUCGUUGUUCAGCUCUUGAAGGUCUUCGACUUGUUUUUGGGCCUUUUGGAGAUUUUUCUGGAGAAAGUCGAGCACAAGGGGUGCGGAGACGCGAUCGGUGAUAAGAGGAGGGGCAAGUUUGAUAAGCGCACCCAUGGUUGGAAGUUAUACCUUGACAAUUUCUGUAGAAAAGAGAAAGAGUUGGUAAAAGAGGAAGUAGACAAGUAGAUACUCGAAAAUGCAGAGAAUAAGGAUUAUUUCUUCUUAUUCUUCUUCUGUCCAUGGAGUCAAGGCAAAAGAGAGAAGGAGUAGAAAGGGCGCACACCGUUGGAGUGAUUUUUUUUUUACUGUUCUUUGUAGAUGAUGGCGAGGGGAAGAGCAUUUUUGUAUCACUAUCAGUCA